AUGGCAAACAUUGCAUUGAUUGGUGGUACGGGUAUGGUGGGCUCCCACAUCCUCACCAGUCUAAUUGCCAACACCUCUGUAACCCGCGUGGAUACUAUCUCCCGCCGCACCCCACCAGUAGCUAGUGGCACACCCCCAGCCAAGCUCACCAACUUUGUAUCCGGCGAUACCGCCACCUGGGCCAGCCAACUCUCCUCCCUGAGCCCGACUCCCAACAUUUUCAUCUCCGCCUUCGCAACCACAAGAGCCGCCGCAGGUGGUUUUGACAACCAAUAUAAGAUCGAGCAUGGACUGAACGUCGAGAUGGCCAAGGCCGCGCGUGAAGCUGGCACCCAGGUCUACGUAUUGAUCUCGUCUAGCGGCGCCAACAAGGAUUCCAAUUUUGCCUACCCGCGCAUGAAGGGAGAGAUCGAGGAGGAGAUUAAGAAGCUUGGUUUUGAGCGCACGGUCAUUCUGCGCCCUGGAUUGAUUGCUGGUACUCGUGAAGAAAGCCGGCCCCUUGAGGCUGGGGCUCGUUUCCUCGCAAGUUGGGUGGGCAAGCUACACUCUGGUCUGAAGGAUGGGUGGGCUCAAGAGGCAGAUGUAAUUGGCAAAGCUGCUGUCAAUGCUGGUCUGAAGGCGCUUAAAGGCGAUGUUCCUGAAGGCAGUGAGAAGGUUUGGACCUUGACUGGUAGCGAUAUUAUCAAAUAUGCCAAGGAAGACUCGUCCUAA